AUGCAAGCUACCAGUCAGGAUAAGUCAGAUGCUCAAAAGAUUUUGUUAGCUAUUUUGAAUCCAAUUCAGGUUCUUUUGAAUUUUAACCUUGAUAUCGACGAGUUAAAUGUAAAAAUGAGGAUUAUCGCCGUUUUUAUUUGUAAACUACUAUUCAUAUGCUCCCCAACAUUUACGAAUAUAACCCAGGCUACGGCUCAUGCAUUGGAUGAUUAUCUAAUGGCUAAUAUACACGCUUAUGGAGUGACUAAUGAACCAGGCACUCCUACAGGUUUUUUACAGAAUGGUAGACGAGUUACCAGAUCCACCGAGUUAGCAACGAAUUAUGAUAUCGGUCGCGGUUGGUUGAAUUCAACUUAUGCUGUCGCUGGAGUAUAUGAACGACCUUUGUAUAAUGGGGUGAGCCAUUAUCCUAUUUAUGGCGCACCGCGUGAUCCACUUCCUGUAAAUGGGAUCAUUCGACAAGAAGAUCAAGUUGGCGCUUUGCCAAAUAUUUGGAAUGUCAUUAUGGCAAUUGCAUCAUCGGUGCGGCUCAUCAUUAAUGAAGCUCUCCCCACUUAUUUCUCUGCAUAUCAAGACUCUUAUGUUACUUAUCUUCUCAGGUUGAAUACAUUCAUUUUUCGUAAUUAUGAGCACAGGCUUCGUCUUCCUUAUAAUUCCAUAGUUCCACUUCUCAUUAAUCAUAAUACAAUUUGCGGUCCUCCUCUUAAUUUUACUGUUUCAUUGAAAUCCGUGGUUCAUUUUUUCUUGAAUCUUCCAUCAUCUUUUAGUGCUGAAGGCAUGGGCAUAGGAGGGCUCACAAAAGUGAUUCGAACUUGUAGUCAGCUUGUUAUAACAACUUUCUUUGAGGGAUAUCAGGAAAUAAUUCGAGUGCCACAUCAUACACCGUAUUCGUGCGCACUACGUGCUCUUUAUGUCGCAUUUCAUCAAUAUCCUGAGUGGUUCGGCGCUACAAACCGCGUAACCUAUGCUUUACGUCCUUAUGAGCUACCCUCCAAAGACAGAGCUACCAGAGUCGCACGUGGAGUGGUUCUAACUAAUUCGGUUGUAGGACCAUCACGACCAAUGGUUUUCCAAGAAUGGCGCGUACACCUAUCUCGUGGGGGCUUAUUAUUUAUUUUAUAUCAAUCACGUGAUUCUCUCCCAUCUAUUACCCUCGAUUGGUACAUUCCUUAUCAACUGCAUGUGUCACCUAUAAUGCCGAAACUGCCUGUACCCUUUACUGUAAAUCCUGAUGCUAUUAAUUCAGCUCGUUCAACCAUUACAUUCGGGUCAUUUACUGAGUUUCAUAUUACGAAUGUAGACGUUGAAGCAUCCGUUGAUACAUGGUUAGUGAACGAUAUGCAGCAUAAGUUCAUGAUAAUCCAUAAUGAUAGCAUGGUUAGAAGUGUCCCAUCAGCUGGACUGAACAAUAUGGUACGUAGAGUCAACACCACUUCUCACGGUGCCGUCGAAAUAGUUUCUAUGCCUCAAUGGUUUGAGAAGAUGUUUUUAGAUUCUAAGUCAAAAAGUCAAAGUACUCCUAAGUCUGCCGAACCGAAAGACGAUAAUGCUCCCGAGCGUUCC